ACCAAGGCACAGAAACUCUCCAAAUUUUGCACCCAAAAAAGCAGGGAAAAUGCAAGGGUCUUGCAGCAGUUCCUGGGACGUACCGAGAGCUGCUUUGUUACAAGUGUAUCCAACGUCCCCAGCACCAGGGACUUAUGGGGCGCAGCUCAUCCCUGCUCCACUCGCUCUGCAGCUCCCAGAGGUGGCGGUUGUGCUUUGAAGGCAGACCUUGCCAAGCUGGCCGACAAGAUGCUGCGCACCCCCAAGUGCUCGCGGUGCCGGAACCACGGCUUCCUGGUGCCCGUCAAGGGCCACGCGGGCAAGUGCCGCUGGAAGCAGUGCACCUGCGAGAAGUGCUACCUGAUCACCGAGCGCCAGAAGAUCAUGGCCGCGCAGAAGGUGCUCAAGAAGCAGGCCUCCGAGGAGGAACUGGAGGGGCCCGAGCUGGCCUCCGGGGCCGCGGCCACCGGCCCGGGCUCCAGCCUCCGCCCGCUGCCCCUGUUCGCCGCUUCGCGAGACCCGGGACCGGGCCCCGAGGGCCGCGCGGCCGCCUCCUUCCCGGGGAGGCCCCCGCGGGGCCCGAGCCCGGGCCCGAGCGCCUUCCAGCCGGUCCUGGGCGGCCGCGGCCACGUGGGGCCGAGGGAGCGCGCCGCGGCGGCCGUGCCCGGGGGCCCCCAGCUCGGCGCGGAGGCCGCAGGCAGGAGCUACCCCGGCCGCCCGGAGCUGCGCAGGCCGCUGCGGCCCGUGCCCAGCCCGCCCUUCGCCGACUUCGGGCACUCUCUGAGCAUCAGUUCCGACUGUGUGGUGGGAUCUGAGUACCUGGACAGGGAGCCUUCCAAGCUGUACCCGGGCUGCUCUGGCAUGCACCCGUACCGCACGUUCCCACUGGGCUACCAGGACGCCGGCCCGGAUGCUGGGGUCCCCCUGCAGCAGGGCUUCCGGCACGUGUCCUGCAGCCACUACCAUGGAGGCUUGGUGUCGGAGCCGCUGGGGGACUUCCAGCCCAGCUACUACCCACCGGCCCUGCCGCCGCCGCCGCCACCGCCACUGCCGCCAGCCCCGUUCCUGCCCCCGGGCUUCCUCUCUGCGCUCCACUUCCUCCCACCGCUGCCGCCGCCACCACCGCCGCCCUCCUUCUCACUGACCGUCGUGGCCGAGGCCCACAGGGAGGCCACUGACGACCAGGACGACCAGGACGCGGAUGUGCCUGUGCCCUGCGAGCCCAGCCAGCCCUUGUCCCAGGAGCAGUUGGACUAGGCCCCGGCCCUCCGCUGGCGGUGGGGCGAGGGGUGUUGGAGCAAUGAUUUUGUCUGUGUUCAGCGAUGUGUAGGGAGGCGGGGAGUGGUAGGCGUAAGAUGGCAGCUAAUUCCCAUUUCCAGAUAGGAGGAAGGAGGGUGACUUGUGGGGUUCUCUCAGCCCUGGCCUGUGGGAUGGAGUGGAGAACGGAGGACGAGGUUCCCAGGGGAGGCCCAGGGCUCUGAGGAGUGGGGCCGGUGGAAGCCCACAUUUAGGAAUGAAUUUAACAGUCUCUGGGUUGUGCUGCUGUUUAUCAGACUCGCCCCAGGGCUGGUCUUUGAUUUCCUCAGGCCCCGCUGGUGGCAGGAGGCACCAUCCCCUUCAGCCUCUGCCUCUGCCUCAGGACCGGGGGCGCUGGUGGCAGGUCUGCAAGGCCUGCCCUGCCCGCUGUCCGCCUGGCCCCUGCCCUCGCCCCUUCUCCAGGGGCUUUACUUGUAAGCAUCGUGACCACUGGGCUGCUUCACCUCCUCCGUAAAGUUUGAGCCGUUACAGACACCAUUUCUGAUUGGAAAAGAAUCUAUUAAAGUUUGACUAUUUGAUGUUUUUAUAGAGAUCGCCGACUUUAAAAGUAGGCUGUUCAUAGGCACUGCUGUGGUUCUCAGAGACUAGAAUGGUGCUUCCACAUCACCUGUGACGUCAGCAGUUUCUUCUCUGAGGACAGUUGACUGUUGAAAUAAAAUGAGCAGUGGAAAUCCUCA